AUGGCUGACGGAACACGAUUGAAGGAACUACAAGAAGCACAGAAAAAGGCAGACAUCAUGUUCUUAGAUGAAAGAGCAAAAAGGGAAGCUAGUGUGGAUGAACUCCACGGACGAAUGGACCAGAUGAUUGAAGCACAUGAAGGCCUUCAAGCCACAGUGCUGAACAUGGAACAUAAUCUGUUGGGUAUCCAACAGCAACUACAAGGCAUGGCGGAACAGAUGCAACAGUACAACAAAAACAAAUCUAUAUUAGGUGAAGGACUGACUGCUUCCUUGGAUAAGGGCUCUAACUUUAGAAUCACACCACAAAGCAUUAUAAGACAAGAAGGAGUCAGUAACAACAGACAGGAAACUGGGGGAAACCAAGGUUCGGGGACAUACAAUAUCCUGAACAGGUUGGAGUUUCCGCAUUUUGAUGGGGAUAAUGCUAGGAGUUGGAUAAGGAGAUGCUCGAGGUAUUUUCAGCUGAUACCGAUACCUGAGGAUCAGAGGGUACCUAUGGCUUCUAUCUACCUGCAAGGGAGAGCAGAACUUUGGUACCAAGGUUAUGUGGAGAAGAAGGAGUUUAGGUCGUGGGAUGACUUUGUGGUUAAUGUGUUAGGGAGGUUUGAGGCACUUAACUAUGCCAAGGUGACCACUGAAUUUAAUAAGCUGCAUCAUGAAACUACAGUGGAUGCUUACCUCGAGAGAUUUGAGGAACUAAAGGAUCAAAUGGUUAUAUUCAACAGGAAUUUAGAUGAAGAAUUCUUUAUGAUGAAAUUUAUCAGCGGCCUUAAGGAUGAAGUGAAGUUGUAUGUGACAAACUGCGAACCUACCUCCUUGUUCCAGGCUAUCAACCUUGCUAGGAACCAGGAACAAAUGGUCAUUGCUAUACUGAAGAAAGCUCAUCACCCUACCAAAAGUUUACCACCAAAACCCCCCUUUAAACCACCUAACAGAAAUUCCUCACCAAGACCCUCAACUCAACCUACCAGAUUCUUGACUGAAGCUGAAGUAAAGGCAAAAAGGGAGAAGAACCUUUGUUUCAGAUGUGAUGAGCCCUACACUCCCGGGCACAGAUGUAAACAUAGGCAGGUAUACAUGUUGCUAGAGGAUGAGGGGACCAAGGACUAUGAGGAGGAGGAGCAAUAUAAACAGGUUCUAGAGGCAGAAACUGAAAAGGAAGAGGAGGUGGUUGUUUCACUUCAUGCAAUGAAGGGGAACUUCCACUACAUAACUUUGAGAUUGGAAGGGAUAGUUGGAGAUAAGGAAAUCCUCAUACUGAUAGACAGUGGCAGCACACACUGUUUUCUUGAUGAGAAGGUGGCUCACCUCUUGGGAUGUAAACUGGAAAAUGCAAUUCCAAUGGUGGUGAGAGUGGCAGAUGGUAGCAAGAUCACCAGUCAGUUAACAUGCCCAAGGUUUAACUGGGAAGUUCAAGGGCAUAAGUUCACACAUUCAGUUAAGUUACUCAAACUUGGAGGCUAUGAUUUGGUGUUGGGGUGUGAUUGGCUUGGGUUGUAUAACCCCAUUGAACUUGAUUUUCACCAAGGGAAAGUAACUCUGAGUCAAGGUUCUGGCAAGAUAAUUUUGAAGGCACUACCUUGUAAGGCAGGAGCAAGGGCACUAUCCACUCAUUCCUUAGCUCAACUUAUGAGAGGAAGAAAUCUGGAACUGCAGGGGGAAUUGUUACUGAGUCAUAAGUCUCAGAUGGAAGGUGUGGAAGGUGUAAAGGUACAAGAGGUGCUGCAGAUGUAUGAGGUUGUGUUCCAGGAACCACAGUCAUUACCACCUGAGAGGAAAAUUGCACACUGCAUAGAGUUGAUCCCUGAGGCAAUACCAAGAAGGCAGCACCCCUACAGGUAUGCCUAUGGACAAAAGACAGAAAUAGAGAGGAUUGUCAAGGAGAUGCUGCAUAGUGGCAUCAUUAGACCCAGUCAGAGUUCAUUUGCAUCACCAGUCCUACUGGUUAAGAAGAAAGAUGGAGGAUGGAGGAUGUGUGUUGACUACAGGUAUCUCAAUAAACUCACAGUAAAGCAUAACUUCCCUAUUCCAGUUAUUGAUGAGCUGUUGGAUGAAUUACAUGGUGCCAUGUAUUUCUCUAAAAUUGAUCUAAGAUCAGGAUAUUUCCAGAUCAGGAUGAGAGAGGAGGAUAUUCCAAAAACCAGUUUUAUCACACAUAAUGGUCACUAUGAGUUUCUUGUUAUGCCCUUUGGGCUAUGUAAUGCCCCUUCUACAUUUCAAUCACUUAUGAAUACUAUUUUUGAGCCUUAUUUAAGGAGAUUUGUGCUGGUCUUCUUUGAUGACAUACUGAUUUAUAGUAAAGAUUGGGGUCAACACUUUUUUUGGGUGAAUUGUAAGUUUUCAUUCAUCCGUAAUAUUUACAAGGUACUCCGGGUAUACCCGGAGAAAUACAAUGGACCCACACUAAAGUUUAAAGAGCAAUUAAACCGUGCGGGAAAAGUGACAAGAGGACCCUAUAGACAGUGA